UUUCCGGUGACGCCACUUCCGGUGCCGCCGGACCGGAAGGGGCGGGGCCAUGACGCCGGAAGAGCUCACGUACGUGUCCGUUCUCAUCUGCUCCAUCCCUGCCGGGCGGCUCUUCAAAGGGAGAGGCCCCCGGUUCCGGCAGUGGGUGGGGUCAGGCCUGGGGGCGGGGCUAACGCUGGUCACGUGUGGCCCCCAUGCCCUGCACUCAUUGGUCACCGCUCUCGGCACAUGGCUGGUGCUGCGCGCAGCCCCCAGGCGCUGCGGUUGGGCCACCCUGGUCUGGACCUUCGGGUACCUCCUGUUCUUCCGCACCCCUGAGCUAUGGGGUCUGCCCCAGCCCCCCCCAUAUGCCAAUGCCCUGCAGCUGCUGCUCACACUCAAGAUGGUGAGCAUGGCCAUUGACGUGCAGGACCAGCGGGAGGCGGAGCUUAAGGGCGUGACGUCAUCGGAACGGGGCGAGCUGAUUGGUGGGCUCCAGGGCUGCCCGGGAUUGGUGGAGAUCCUGUGUUACAGCUACUGCUACCUGGGGCUGCUGACGGGCCCCUUCUACCGCCUCCGCACCUACCAGGACUGGCUGUGGGGCCCGACCCCCCCAGUGCCCCCAUCCCUGCUAUGGGGCCGCCUGCGCUGGGUCCCAUUGCUUGCAUUGGGGGCCGAGGUUGUGGGUCGCGUCUUCCCCUCUGGGGCACUUAUGGGGCCGGCGCUAUGGGGCUGGCCCUUCCCAUGGCGCCUGCUCUAUAGUGCCCCAGUGUUCUUGGCCUUCCGCUUGAGGUUCUAUGUGGCCUGGUUGAGCUCGGAGGCUGCUUGUGUGGCUGCUGCCUUUGGGGGGUACCCCAAAGAGUGGGGGGCACGGCCUGGAUGCGGCCCCACGAGGAGGGGGGAGAUGGGGGGGCAGCCCCCUGAGCACUGGGACUACGAGUGCAUCCGCACAGUGGAUCCAUGGGGCACAGAGAGGUGCUAUGGGGUGCGAGAGGGGCUGAGGCGCUGGAACAUGACAGUGCAAUGGUGGCUGCAGCACUAUGUGCACCGGCGCAUGCCGGGGCCCCCCCUGUUCAGGGCCGCGGUGACGCUGCUGGUCUCCGCCUACUGGCACGGGCUGCAGGGGGGUCUGUACCUGAGCCUGCUCUCCUUACCGCUAUGGCUGGCGGCCGAGCGCGCUCCCGUGCCGCUGCCGCGCGCGCUCCCGCCAGCGCUGGUGGGGGCCGUGCGCCGCGCGCUCCCCAUGCGCGGCUGCCAGGACCUGAGCCUGCUGCCGCUGGGGAUAUAUCUCUAUAGGCUCUAUAGGUGUCUCCAUGGUCCCCCCCAUAGGGCCGCGGUGACGCUGCUGGUCUCCGCCUACUGGCACGGGCUGCAGGGAGGUCUGUACCUGAGCCUGCUCUCAUUACCGCUAUGGCUGGCGGCCGAGCGCGCUCCCGUGCCGCUGCCGCGCGCGCUCCCGCCAGCGCUGGUGGGGGCCGUGCGCCGCGCGCUCCCCAUGCGGGUCUUCGAGUACCUGAGCGUGGGGUUCGUGCUGCGCCGGGGGGAGGAUGUCAUCCGGUACUGGGCGGCACUGGGAUUCUGUAUGCAUAUACUGCCCGUUGUGGGUAUAGUGUUGGCGGUGGUGGGGGGGGGGAAGGGGAGGGGAGGCGGCGCUCGCGGCCUGCGGAGGCAGCGGCAUUACCGGAGCCGCAUUACCGGCUACCGGAGCCUCGUUACCGGAUACCGGAACCGGAUCCAGUUCCGGUUCAUCCGGUAA